AAGAAGAAAGCGGAAGCGGAAGUAAACACGCACUGCUCUGGUUUAAUGUUGGUGAUCUUUAUAUGAGGAAGAUGGAGAAUUUAAAGUCCAUAAACGCGAUCAGACUGAUAGUUACUGCUUUAUUUUACACAUGUGUGAGCAGCAGUUCAGUAGAACAGAAGAUUUAUGUUGAACUGAACGAUACGGUCCCGUGUGUCCGACUGCUGAACGCCACGCAUCAGAUCGGCUGUCAGUCGUCUAUAUCGGGAGACACGGGUGUUCUGCAUGUGCUGGAGACGGAAUCUGACCUGCACUGGAUUCUCAGUACAGGACCACAUCCUCCAUACAUGGUUGUCAUGGAAACGGCCUUCUUUAACAGAUCUGUCAUGCUGAGAAUGAAGAACUCAUCCAGGGUGGCUGGAGUCGCUGUUAUUGUGUCAAAAACAGACCCAGCUGACGGAUUCUCACCUCACACGACCUGCCCCAACCAGAACACAGGUGUGUAUUCGGCGAGAUACGGUCCGGCGUAUGCAGACUGUAACGUGACGCUGUGGAAUCCUCUGGGGAACGGACUGUCAUAUGAAGACUUUGGUUUUCCUGUGUUUGCUCUGAACGAUGAGAAUCAGACGGAGGUCAUCCGUAAGUGUUACGAGGAUCAUAACACGCGUGUGAAUGGAAGCGCUCCUCAGUAUCCGCUGUGUGCCAUGCAGCUCUUCUCACACAUGCACGCCGUGACCGACACCGUCACCUGCAUGAGACGCACCGAUCUGCAGAACAGAUUCAGCAUCAACCCGGAAGUUCUGUGCGAUCCCUUGAACGAUUUUAAUGUCUGGACGUCCACCGGACCCCUCAACAACAGCGCCAAGGGUCACAUCCAGAACGAGACAUUUGUCAUCGCUGCAACCAGACUGGAUGGAAGAUCGUUUUUCUGGGAAAAGGCUCCAGCGGGCGAGGGGGCCGUGUCUGGAAUCGUCACCCUGCUGGCCGCCAUUCAAGCUCUCUUUCCUGUCACUCGAGAAACCCCGCCUCCUCGAAGUAUCUUCUUCACUUUCUUCCAGGGGGAGGCUUUCGACUACAUCGGCAGCUCCAAGAUGGUGUUUGACAUGCAGAGAAAUGAGUUUGUUAUGGACUUGAAUAACGUGCACUCCAUGCUGGAGAUCGGCCAGGUGGGGCUGCGCAGUGGGCGGGACCUGUGGAUGCACUCUGACCCUGUAUCCCGUGGCAACGGCAGUGUGGGUGAUGAGGUGUCGGUUCUAGUGGAAAGCAUGAAGUCUGUCGGCGCUGAUCUGAAUCUCUCAUUGGCUGAGCCGAGUGUCUCUCAAGCGUUACCGCCGUCCUCAUUCCAGCGCUUCCUGCGUGCCAAACAGAUCCCAGGACUCGUGCUGACAGACCACCAAUCAGCUUUCAACAACAGAUACUACGAGAGUUUAUACGACAGCGCUGUAAAUCUGAAUGUGACGUAUCCGUCCGGUCUGAGUCCAGACAAGCAGAUGCAGUAUGAGACCGACACAGCCAAGUCUCUCGCUGAAGUGGCCACGCUAGUCGCUCGCUCGCUUUACUUGCAGGCCGGAGGAGAACAGAGAGAGUUGCGCAACAUCACCGCCGACCCCAAGACUGUUGCUCAGUUGCUGUAUGGUUUUCUGGUUCAGAAGAAUAACAGCUGGUUCAGGUCUUUGCUGCCUCCAGAAGUCACGAAGAAGGACAGUUCACUGUUAAGUUCUGGUCCUCCUCAGUUCUACAUCGGUCUGGGUCCGAGGGUCCACGGGCCGGUUCACAGCGUGACGCGCUUCGUGCAGUAUAUUCUGGCAAACCUGACGGGAACCGUGACAAACCUGACAGAGACGCAGUGUCAGAACCCCAGCGACAUCAGCACCGAGAACAAAGAUUUGUACUCGUACUUCUGGGUGUCGGGUCCACUCUCGGUCAACAGCAGCAGGGAUCCGUUCUGUGUGCGAGCGUCCGUGCGUCUGUCUAAAGCCAUCUCUCCCGCCUUCGAGCUGCUGGAGUACGGCUCGAGAGAUUACUCCACAUGGACGGAGUCUCGCUGGAAGAGCAUCAGAGCUCGAAUCUUCCUGGUGGCCAGCCGAGAGCUCGAGAUGUUAACUCUGGGGGUGGGCGUGGCCGUCUUGCUCUUGUCUCUGUUGGUGACGUACUUCAUCAGCUCGAAGGCGGAGCUUCUGUUUAGCGCUCCGCGGGAUGCGCCCGCGACGACCUACUGAAGCCGACCAAAGUGAUCCAUUCCCCUUUAACGGAGAAAGACUCGUGCACUGGAGCUACACAAACACUCUUGACUUCAACAGUAAUUUAUUCGAAGCUCGCAGAUCAAACAAGCGCAAAACCACGUAAGGGGUCUUAUUGGUUUGAACUGGUCUGGUCUGAAUCGGUCUGGUCUGUUGUUCAUAUUCUUUUGUUAUGGUUUUUAUAAUUACAGAUGACUUCUGACUAUAACAUGGGUGUCGCACAAACCUAAAGAGUUGAUUUUAAGUGUUUAAACCUUGUUUCAGAGUAAUGUGACGACUGUGUGCGCGUGCGUGCGUUAACCUGUGUGCUGAAUGUGCAAUAGUUUUGUGAGUCCGAUGUUGAUAUUUUAGUUUGGCAAUAUAAUCCGGUCGGUUCAGUCCUGAUCUGACCGAGCCGUCUGGCAGUAAAACACUGACCUUCAUUUCUCGUCAGUUUUCCAGUCGAGAGUUUUGGAGCUUUAAAAACCGAAUGAUAAAUCAUACGCAACAUCUGUUUGUUGACGCGAGAUGAAUGAAUGAAAAUCGUUUUUGAUCAAUGAUGUCAUUUUUUUCUGAGAAUUUGAUGCCUUGAGAAACUGAAUAAACGUGACUUUUUUUCCAAAGGUUUAUUCUGUUUUUUAUGA